AAAAAAAAGACGGACAGGAAAAAAUUAAAAAAUACAUUCAGCAUUCAAAUGAAGAUCCGUGACCACUUAUAUUGAUCAGGGUGUGAUGAUAAUUAAUUCUAUCGGAUAAACACACAUUAAAAAGUGACGAAAAUGUCGAAAUGAGAAGGGGGCAGUGUUUUAGCAUCACAAAAAUAAAUAAUAAUAAACAUCAUACAAAUUUAAUGAGUGGAUUAUAAAUAAUGAAUAAAACGUACGGAAAAAUGUCGUUAAUGAUGUUUUUUGUGUGUUUGCAAUUUGAAUAAAUUUCAGUAUUAAUAAACUAAACAGAUUACCGAACAGCAGUGGUCAAAAGUGCAAACAACAACCCCCUCUUUGGAAAAAAGUGUUUUUCAUGCAGAUUUUUUCUGUGUCUAUACACAUACGUAUACAGCAUACCUCGUACAGAAGUGCACUCGAAAAAGUGAUACACACGCCCGAUAAGGGUUUUAAUUAAAUAAAUUAGCAAAUGUCGAGCAAAUGCUGCAAAAAAUAAAAUAAAGCUGAAUUGACCGUCAUAAUAUUCGUGCGGUUUCAAAAAAAAAAAAAAAAUUUGUGAACUCAUGCAGUGUAAUAUCUAUUCAAUUUAGCGCACAAUAUAAUAAACUUUAAAUGGUCGUCGUUGUUUAGCCUCCGCCAACCUCCCCCCGUAUAUCGUCAUCAUCAGAUAAAAGGAUUAAAUUAAAGGAAAUUACGUGAUAAAAUGCCAACAUCAAUUAAAGUGCACGUGAAAAUAUGAACGAGCGGAUUUUCGUACUUUCUUAGAGAGGCGUACGGGCGAAAAAUGUAUCAAGGUGGCUUAUGUUGCCUUCUUGUUACGAUGAUGACAAUAUGUGUCGCAAAUCAGGAGGCUGAACUGAAAGAUCAGCGGAUUGUUGAGCAUCCGCCGUCGAAUGGAGUACAUGAUCCCCAUGCGACGCACAAAGGACACACGAAGAAAAAGGAGCAUUUAACAACAAUCGGAUCAGUUGCGGAACAGCAAGAGGAAAAACUAAUCGAAAAAUCGACAACUUCCUUGCCAACAUUGGCAAUAUCAAAUGCAGAUAUUCAAUCAGCAGCUGUCAAUAAUAAAAGUAGUGUUAGUCUAACCGAAAAGUUAACAUCAUCAUCAUCGUCGUCGUCGUCAUCAUCGUCACUCGCAACGAGUACUUCGACGUUGCCAUCGACGCGAAUAACAACGUCGCUCGUCGAGACUUUGGCAACAAUCAAUGCGAAACUCGUGUCAGCAACGUCAGAAUUGUCGACAAUUGCAGCGACAUCGAGUACCAUCAGUAGCGUAAGUAACAGCAAGGCAGGCAGUAGAAAUAGCAGCGAGGGACUUUUAACGGCGACGCAUCACAACAAUAGUCGCAUACAACGAAUAAGUGCAGUUAAAGUUACGUUACCGCCGGCCGGAGGCAAAAGUGCGGUUGGCAUUGCGGCGAAAAACAGCAAAAUUAAUGCGCCGCCCGGACUGAAUUACGUUUUCGAUGCUCAUCCGAACAUAAAUAAACAUCAUCAUCACGACUACAGAUAUGGACCACACUUUGAAACAGGAAACGUUACAAACAUCACAGUGCAAGCUGGCAGCACUUUCUAUUUACAUUGUAGAAUAAGUUUAUUAUUGGAUAAAACGGUUUCAUGGGUGCACCGGAGACAGGGACAAACGGCGUUGCAGCUCCUGACAGUGGGCAAACAAACGUAUUCGGGCGACGCGCGGUACACCAUCGACUUUCAGUACCCGAAUAAUUGGCGCCUCAAGAUCGAGAGUGUCAUCAAGGAUGACGAGGGUGUCUACGAAUGUCAAGUUUCGACGCAUCCGCCGCGAAUAAUCACCUAUCAUUUGCAUGUGAACGACCCAAAAAUACUCAUUGUCGACGAGAAAGGUAACGCUCUGCUGGACAAAUAUGUUCAAGUAGACUCUACAAUAAAAUUAGCAUGCAUUGUUCGACACAUCUCGAUGACAUCUUCCGUCGUUUUUUGGAUGCAUGGCAGCACAAUAUUAAAUUACGACUUGACAAGAGGCGGAAUCAAUGUUAAAACCGACCUGAAAGAUUUCGGUGCCAACUCAACGUUAUUCGUUGCGAAAGUAAAUCAAUCAGAUUCCGGCAACUAUACGUGUUCCAUUGGCCCGCAUCAGUAUUACACAGUGACAGUUCACGUAUUAAACGGUAAGUCCUUCGCUGAACUCCAUCACAGCAGUAGCAGCCAAUCGAUUCACACGUUCGCCAGACAGAAUUUCCAUCAGUUGGCAGCCUUAUUCAUAACAAUUAUUUUAUUUGUGUCAAAUAGCAACUUUGUAGCAAGUACAGCAGCGAAAUCAAUACGAGCCUCACGAACACAUGCAGUGCCGUCGUCAAUGCAGAGCACAGCCGUUAGGUGA